AUGAAUUUCAAAUUUAUUGCAAGUCGGUUCGCAAUAGUUACUUGCGAGGCAUGUCGAUCUCCGACGCGCAGACACAUGUGUCCAGUGGACCAGGCUCUCGAGCAAGAUGCAUAUUCCAGUGCCCAGCGCUGGAACCCGGGCGCCACCGUAUGA